AGUUUAGCUUCUGAUUUUGUUUGAAAGGAUGGGCAAUCUUUUGUUUAAUUAUCCAAUAAUGAAUACAGGCUGAGGUUUUUACAUUCAAAUUCCUUUGCAUUUUGAGGAAAUUAAAUUCAAAUACCUAAUAGUUAGACUUUAAACUCAUUGGAUUUCCUACGGUCCCUUAGUAGGAAUUUCAGAAUCAUUGCUUAAUAUUAAUUUCCAUUUAGCAGUUGACACGAUGUUUUAAUUAGGGGUUGUGAUGGCAUUGAAAGUUUACAUGUACAGCCAUGUGUGCAGUUAUAAAUCAGUGUGAUCAAUUAAUUAUUUAAGUGGGAUACGAUCAAGUUCCCAAUUCAUUUGCCAGUGCUGUUUCUACAAUCGGAAGGUUUGGAAAUCAGGAGUGAUAAAUGGAAGAAAUACAGUCUCAGUCAGACAAUUAUAGGUCUUCAUCCUCUUCAGCCAGUAGUCCCACAAGUAGGGUGCCCUCAAGUAACUUUUUCUAUUUGCGGAAGCCUGGUUCUCUCAGACAACCUAUCUCAUUUGAGGAUUCGCCCCAGUGGGAAGAUACAGAUGUGGAUGUCAGGGUGGAGGAAGGAGGUGACUCUAUCAAUGCUGCAACCACGCCAGUCUCCCUGUCUCUCUCAAAGCUCAAUAGUGGGUCCUUGCCCUCACCACCGCUGCCAGAGGGUUCAGCUGUUGCAAGAAAAAUUGCUGGUGCAUCAGUUGUGUGGAAAGAUUUGACUGUUACUAUAAAGGGGAAAAGGAAAUAUUCUAAUAAGGUUGUGAAGAGCUCAAAUGGUUAUGCAUUACGUGGCACAAUGACAGUAAUCAUGGGUCCUGCAAAAUCUGGGAAGUCCACACUUUUAAGGGCUAUUGCAGGAAGAUUACAUCCUUCGGCUAAAAUGUAUGGUGAAGUAUUCGUGAAUGGGGCUAAAAAGGACAUGCCUUAUGGUUCAUAUGGAUUUGUUGACAGGGAAACCACUCUAAUUGGUUCACUCACAGUCCGGGAGUAUCUAUACUACUCAGCUUUGCUCCAACUUCCUGGUUUUUUCUGUCAGAAAAAGAGUGUGGUAGAGGAAGCCAUCCAUGCCAUGUCCUUGGGUGACUAUGCAAACAAACUGAUUGGUGGUCACUGCUAUAUGAAAGGCCUUCCUAGUGGUGAAAGAAGGCGUGUUAGCAUUGCUCGGGAACUCGUGAUGAGGCCACGUAUCUUAUUUAUAGAUGAGCCUCUUUAUCAUCUUGACAGUGUCUCUGCCCUUUUAAUGAUGGUAACACUGAAGAAACUUGCAAGCACAGGAUGCACUCUCAUUUUCACCAUUUGCCAGAGCAGUACAGAAGUUUUUGGUCUCUUUGAUCAUAUCUGUCUGCUUUCAAAUGGAAACACCCUGUUUUUUGGGGAAACAUUAGCUUGUUUGCAGCACUUCUCAAAUGCUGGAUUCCCUUGCCCAAUUAUGCAAAGUCCUUCUGAUCACUUUCUACGUGCCAUAAAUACAGAUUUUGACAGGAUCAUUGCAAUGUGCAAAAAUUGGCAGGAUGACAAUGGGGACUUUUCAUCUGUGAAUAUGGAUACUGCCAUUGCAAUUCGUACUCUUGAGACAACAUAUAAAUCAUCGGCUGAUGCUACUGCAGUUGAAAAUAUGAUUCUGAGACUCACAGAGAAGGAAGGUCCACUUCUCAAAAGCAAGGGAAAGGCUAGUAGUGCCACACGAAUUGCAGUAUUGACUUGGAGAUCCUUAUUAAUUAUGUCAAGGGAAUGGAAAUACUACUGGCUUCGUCUUAUUCUUUAUAUGCUUCUUACACUGUGUAUUGGAACGGUAUUUUCAGGCUUGGGACAUUCUUUGUCCUCAGUUGUGACAAGAGUUGCAGCAAUUUUUGUAUUUGUAUCAUUUACUUCGCUUUUAAGCAUCGCUGGAGUACCUGCACUAAUGAAAGAAAUCAAGAUAUAUGCCAUCGAGGAGUCAAACCAGCAUUCAGGAGCUUUAGUCUUUCUGUUUGGGCAACUUCUCUCCAGCAUUCCGUUCCUUUUCCUCAUCUCCAUAUCAUCAAGUCUUGUCUUCUAUUUCUUAAUAGGAUUGCGAGAUGAAUUCAGCUUGCUGAUGUACUUUGUGCUGAAUUUCUUCAUGUGCCUCUUGGUAAAUGAAGGGUUGAUGCUGGCUGUUGCUUCUUUGUGGCAAAAUAUUUUCUGGAGUGUCUUAACACUUGUAAUCAUACAUGUGGUAAUGAUGCUUGCGGCAGGCUAUUUCAGAAUCCGAAAUGAGUUGCCUGGACCUGUGUGGACAUAUCCAUUAUCAUACAUUGCUUUCCACACUUAUUCCAUCCAGGGGCUUUUGGAGAAUGAGUACCUACGUAUCAAUUUUGCCGUUGGGCAGGUGAGGACCAUAUCUGGGUUUCAGGCACUCCAUAGUGCAUAUGAUAUCUCUUCUAGCAGCAAUUCCAAAUGGGAGAAUUUACUGGUAUUGUUUCUCAUGGCAGUUGGAUAUAGAAUUCCUGUGUUCGUUUUGCUACAUUUUCGUGCAAGGAAAAAUGUAUCCCUACCUAGAUUUUGCCAGUGUAAUUGCAAUUCAACAACCUGAGAUGAAAACAAAUGAAAGGAGUGCCAAAUUUGGAUGCAUCAGUCAUUGGGAAAGAUAUCACCUGAGCCUAAUGUUAAAUUC